AUUCGGGUGUGGGCGGUGUGGGCGCUGUGGCCUAGACAUCGCGCCCCAGGAGCUGGUGAUGAGGGCUCGCCACCACGUGUACCACCUCCACUGCUUCACCUGCGCUUCGUGUCACGUGCAACUCCACAAAGGCGACCACUUCGGGAUGCGCGACGGGGCGGUCUACUGCCGCCCGCACUACGAGCUUAUCCUCCAGUCAGAAGCCGAGAUGGAAGCCGUGGGCGUGACCCCGGGCAUGGCAUACCCGCCCCUUUCCCCUGCCACUCCCCGCCUGGCCUACUACAACGGCGUGGGCGCGGCGCAGAAGGGGCGCCCACGCAAGAGAAAACUACCCACGGAGGAUAUGCCGCCCUUGACGCCUCUGACGCCCGGCAUGGAACUGGUACCGGGCGGGGAGAUGACCGGCAUGGACGGGUACCGGUACGACCACCAGGCUAACACGCAGACGAGGACCAAGCGUAUGAGAACGUCCUUCAAGCACCACCAGCUGAGAACCAUGAAGUCCUACUUCAACCUCAACCAGAACCCGGACGCGAAAGACCUGAAGCAGCUGGCACAGAAGACGGGUCUGUCGAAGCGAGUCUUACAGGUGUGGUUCCAGAACGCGCGGGCCAAGUGGCGGAGGAACCUACUCAAGCAAGAGCAAGACCGUCACGCGGCGGAGAAGAUGAAGGAGCCCUCGUCUAUCCUGCAGGACCUCCGCCCGGUCGACAGCAUGGGCCCCGCGGGACUCACCGACCUGUACGCCAUGUCCUCCGGAGACGAGGGCAGCCAGUCCCUCCAGUUCACGGACAUGUGCCAAUAAGGAGAGGGCAGAG